UAAUGUCAAAAUUUUCCAGUAUGUCUUACAGUUCAAAGAUGAGUAACUCUUCGAAAAAGAAAAUAAGCACCGUGCGUACUGACGAAUCACUCGAAAUGGAAGAAGUGUUAGAACUUAAAACGAAAAAACGUCCUUUUAAUCCUUAUAGAAUGCGCGGAGUUGUCGUUCCUCCUAGUUGGUUAAUGUUGGAUCGAUGUCAGUGCUUCCACCGGGUGUUUUCUAAGGAAGAAGUUGAGAUGUUUCAAAAUAAACUUGAAGAAGAUUUUUGUAACAUGAUGAAAGAAUCUUAUCGGGUAACAACGAAAUGUGGGCUUCAUAAUAAUUUACUUCAAAAUUCUUUAGGAACUAAUCAAGAUGAAACAUUUUCUUUGGUUGAAAGAGCCAUUCGUAAAGCAACGGAACAUGCUUUAAAUAACGAACCCCCUCCAACAAUGUCACCAGGAACGAGAGCAAUUUCAUUAAACAUAUUAGAACUAUUAGCCAGCUUAUACUCAAUAGACAUCCCAACAAGAAGAUCAACAAAUAACCAUUCUCAAUUGUUAAUUUACUUAUCAGAUUGGACAGCGAAAAUUCUAGCUAACAUUUAUAGCGAUAUGUCAUCAAACGAUGAUUCUAAUUACGCCGUAACUUCGCCUUCUUCAAAAUUAUCAAUCGGCGAUGAAGAUGAAGUUGGUAGUUUAAAUUCUUUUGACGCUACUUCAAGUGGUAUGCCGGUAACCACGAAAUUUUCUCAAGAACAAAUAACGGAAAUUAUGAAAGUUAAUGCGAAAUCGAGUAGUUCCCAAGAAGAACUUGAUAAAUUUAAGGGAGAAUCAUCAAAUUCAAAACAAUCCAAAAAUCUUGUACUUGAAGAAAUUAUGACAAAUAAUUCGCAAAUAUUUAGUGAUUCUCUUACGGAUUUAGAUUUAAUUACUAAAUUUAUUAAGAGGAAUAAAAAGAAUUGUCGACCUUUAACUGUAGGCAAAUGCCUUCAUGAAUCUCCAGAAUCUUCGUCUUUACUUACACGGUGUAAGAAAAUUACGGAACGAAAAGGAAAAGGGUGUUUAAAAAAAGAUGUUAAUUUACGAUAAGACAAAAUAAUACUAAUAACUUUA